AGUCCAGAGGUGGACGAACAACCAGAACUUUCAGCCGAAGUUUACAGCCGGCGAACGCGAGAAAGAAGAAGCAAAAGAAGAAGAAGACCUAAGAUAACUAAGGGCCAUAAGAUCACACAGGGACCUAAGAUCACUAAGGGCCCUAAGAUCACACAGGGACCUAAGAUCACACAGGGACCUAAGAUCACACAGACACCUAAGAUCACACAGGGACCUGAGAUCACACAGGGACCUAAGAUCACACAGGGACCUAAGAUCACACAGGGACCUAAGAUCACACAGACACCUAAGAUCACACAGGGACCUGAGAUCACACAGGGACCUAAGAUCACACAGACACCUAAGAUCACACAGGGACCUAAGAUCACACAGGGACCUGAGAUCACACAGGGACCUAAGAUCACACAGGGACCUAAGAUCACACAGGGACCUAAGAUCACACAGGGACCUAAGAUCACUCUGGAAUAG